CAUUUCAGAUCCAACGGGGCUCAAAGAGGUGUUCUGGUGUUCACAGAGGGGGACAAGAGCAAGAAUAGCAAAAGAUACCAACUGUGAGAACAGAUAUUACACAGAUUUCUGAAAGAAACUCCAUAUAAGGAAAACAGUAGUUUGCAGUCAAGAUGAAGCAGCUGGUGAUGGCAUUUUUAAUAACGUGCUGUUUUGCUGCGUCAUCCACACUGAGACACAAGUCAUGGAGAGAGAAUGGCAUUCUGUCAGUAAAUGAUGGAGACUAUGCUGAAUCUGCAGGGUGUGUGCCUAAGGGGAGUGAUGGGAGUCAGUAUAGAGGGACUGUCUCAGUAACAGCCAGAGGAAACAGAUGUCUCAGAUGGAGCAGAAUCCAAUCACUGGACAGAAUAGUUGCUUCCAGAGGGCUUGGACACCAUAAUUACUGCAGGAAUCCAGAUAACAGCCUCAUGCCAUGGUGCGGGGUGAAGAGAGGCACCCGGAUCGUUCGUGAAUUCUGUAAUAUUCCACAGUGUGAAACGAGGCCAGAACCUGACCAAAGACCAAAAGGACCUGAAGCAUCAUAUCAAGAUACUGAAACUACAUGUGGCGAACAAUCUCUAAACGUAUUGAAUAAGAUCAUAGGAGGAUACAGGUCUCCAAUAGAGUCUCAGCCUUGGGUUGCAUCCAUCUUCAGAAAAAAAAGGGGCUUCGAUUGUGGAGGAACACUUAUCGCUCCCUGCUGGGUCCUCACUGCGGCUCACUGCUUCUUGUACAGCCAAAGAAAAGAGGACUACACUGUCUAUCUGGGGAAGAAUGCAAUUAAUGAGACUGACCUCUCGAAAGAGCAGAUGUUUACAGUGACCAAACUUAUGAUUCAUGAGCGCUAUGAGAGCGAGAAUUAUAACAAUGAUAUAGCUUUGCUGCAGAUAGUGAACAGCAAGGGGCAGUGUGCACAGAGGACAAGUUCGGUGAGGACGGUGUGCCUCCCGCCUGCAAAACAGAUGAUGCCCUAUGGAGCGGCCUGCAAAAUUUCUGGCUAUGGCAGAGUGUCGUUGAGUUCUGAGUUGAAAUAUUCCCAGUACCUGAAGGAGACUUACGUAAAUGCCAUCUCACAGAUUGCUUGUGACAGAGACUACUACGGGAAACAUGAGAUUCCACUCACUGAUAAUAUGUUCUGCGCAGCCAGCCCAACCUGGAAAGAAGACGCUUGUCAGGGAGACUCAGGAGGCCCUCUAGUGUAUGAACAGAAUGGCCGAAUGUUCCUCUUUGGAAUCAUCAGCUGGGGAGAUCAGUGUGCCACUGAAUUGAAACCAGGUGUCUACACAAAAGUCACCAACUAUAACAAGUGGAUUGCAAAGCACACGGGCCUGCAUUCCUUCACCACUGGCAUCAUGUACCCACAGAAGGAUUAGAUGUGCUGCUUGCUUUGUGUCUGCACAAAUGUUGCUUUGCAUCUUAGAAUCUGGGACACUGGCUUUGGCCUCAAGAAAGUACAAAGCAAUGAACGUUGCCAUUAGAACCUCAUGCGCUGAUGCCCUUUAAUGAUCUUCCUAUAAAUACUUUAGGCAGGUUGAAUCGGGCACAUUUAAACAACCCUUUUAGUCUUUCAUAAGGAUUGUUUGAUGAGCUGAAAUCAACUUGGACAAUUUGAAACAUGCAACUGUUUGCUGUGUAGUAACUGAGUUAUAUAAAAAUGAUAAUGCUGUAUAGUAUAUGGUUAAUAUGUUUUGAUUGUAAAUCCAAGUCAUCCAAGUUCAAAUGCUGCCGUCCAUGUAGUUUAAGCUCUUUUAGGAGGCGAUUGUGCAUUCCACAACAUCCAUCCAUCCGUCCAUUUUCUAAGCCGCUUCUCCGUCAGGGUCACGGGGGGGUGCUGGAGCCUAUCCCAGCAGUCAUCGGACGGAAGGCAGGAUACACCCUGGA